AUGGAUCAUCAAUCCAUGAUAAUGGCUGCAAGAGAGGACCGUGCUGGUCGACCCCAACCAAGACUUGAUUUAAAUAGUGCUUCUGAAAUGAUCAGUCGAAGCCUUGGAUUUGCACGAAAUGUGCAGAAAUUUGGAGUUUGGAUGGAGAAUGGCGUCCAUCCUCACGAACAUCAACAGGAAGUCUGGAUGGACGUCCACCAACACGGAUGUCAAUGGGAUCAUGUGGGAGUGGGUUGGGAUCCUGCAUCUGCAACAGAACUGAAGCAGAAGUCCUGUGCCAAUGCUGUGGGUUUCUCACCCGUGGGAGGGUACAGAGAAAAUGUGAUUGGCACCCCACUACCCUUCAUCUCAUGGAUCUCACUGCAUGUCCAAAGUGCAACAGGAGCUGUUCCCAAACUCAAUGCUCAGGAACAGAGCAUGACGGAUUCUCUCAGUCCUAAAAAUGAACUGAACAGGGUCUUGUGCUAUAGGUCGCUGGAAUGA